AGAACUCGUUACAAUCGGAUUAUAGACCGUAAGCAUAAGUACCUCAACUGUUUAUUUUACUUCGAGUUUACGUUCAGCAUUUGCAUUAGUGCAUGAUCUCUGUUGUUCUCGCCCCUCAAAGGCAAAGUUUACUUUUUUCCGUUCUCACUAGCUGUAGCUUUACCGUUACGUUGUACUCUCACAUAUUUAUAUCCAAUUUGUAUAAUCAAAGACAAAGCAUUAAUAUGUCCGGAAUUCCAACCAUGGGCUGGCAAUCGGUGCCGCGUGCUCUUUGUUUCCUCGUUCUCGGAUCCCUUCUCCUCGCGGGACGGGUGCAGGGCAGCCGGUCUCCCCGACGCAGCGGCACCGGGAAAGCCAGCAGCUCCAGAGGUAGUUCUCAGUCUCUUGGUGCCGCGGGACGGGUGCGGGACACCCAUCAACGGUCUGGCAGCAGAUCCAGAAGCGCCAAAGGUAAAAGCAGUGCUCGUUCUCCCGGUCCCGCCACCGCCGAUGGUGCAGCUGCCGUCGUGGGGGCGCCGACGCGCUUGGAUGGUCAUGAUUUUGCAGCAGCGAGGACAGGGGCUGCGGAUCAUAUUUUACCUCGAACUGACGCUUCCAGUUCCACCCUUGAUCUGCCCGAAGAGGUCUGGGCAGGGGUUGCGCCUUUCGUUUUUGAGAACAAGUUUGUCCUUCUAUUGCAAGGAAAAAUUAUCCUUGCUCCCCAUAUUGAAGGCGCAUCCUUCUGAAAAUUUGUGAUGCAGAUUUGUGGCCACAAAUCGGGUCUGUCUUGCAAGAAGGCGCAUUCAGGCUGUCCGCCACGUUAUGCAGGCGAUUUGUGCUGCUGUUUCUGUAAGGCCUACAGGGUAGCCGUCUACCAUGCUAGCCGCCUACACCAAAAGGCCUGUGCCCAGGCUUGGGAUGUGCGUGCAGUCUUUCUGCAACACAAAUUGGAUAUGUACUGUAUCCCAAUUCAGCAUCAGAAAUUUUGUUUUGAUAUGGGGAGGGGGGAUUUUUCCUUUCGAUACCUUCACAAUGUCUUCGACGCGUUCGCUUCGGGGAGGUGGCCUAAGCGUGAGAUUGAUGUGAGCUGGCGUGCAUUCUAUAACCUUCUUCGCCAACGCCCGCACCCGCCCAUGCCAAUUGUGGAUUUGUCCAAGCUCAAUCGUCAGUUUCAAAGGACAUUUAUGCAAGCAACUGGUCAGACUCAGAACACAAUGCAAAGGACAUCUAUGGUGCCAGUUGGUCAUCCGUAUGGUCUGGCUGCACAGUUGGUGUGCUAUGGAGCCGCUGGCACGAACAAUUGUGGGUACAGCGCUGCCAUCGCGGAGCCCCCUGCAGUCACCCAACUAGAUGCUCCGCUUCGGCACUUUCUUAAACUUUUGGAAGAUGCACUGACUCAAGACGGAAUGCGGGAGGUGGAGGAAGGAGGAAUUGACGUGUUCAACUACAACAAGCACGGCGCGCAUGUCCAUAUUGGCUUCUUUGAGCCUGUCGCGAAAGUUUAUAUUGGCUUCUUUGAGCCGCAGGGCGGCUUCCUACUAAUUACUGCCGACAACGUACCCCUGUCCGAGGAAGAACAAUCUCAGCUAGGACCUUGGCAGCUGUCCCUCGACACUCGUAAACGUAAAAGAGAGAUUGAAGCUACACUGUCCAAUGGGCUCGAAGUUUUUGCCGUCGUAGAAGAGGUAUGGGAGAGUGGGCCCCGGGACCCUAGUUCAUCUGAACACCAACGGCUAUUCAAUUUCAAUUUGCUGCUCCUUGUUUCGUAACAAGGAACUGGCCUUUUGUUUUGUAACAAGGAACUGGCCUUUUUGCAACAAGGAAUAUAGGUGAAUUUGUUUUGCAUUGGCCUUUUGUUUUGUAACAGGGGAAAUUGUGUUAGUUUCACUUGUAGCACUUGGAGUUCAACGCAUUGAAGUAUAUGUUUAGCGAUAUUGCUAUCUUCCAAAUCAAUAUUUUCAAAACACCAUUGGCAUUGGCAUGGGGGGUAACGAAUUAGAAUCGGUAUUGGUGCUCUAUUUGGUGGCUACAGAAAUUCUGAGAUAGGCUAUGCAAUUCAAGCUGGCUUGUUGAUAGGUGUGACCUUCUGACUACUAAAAACUUUAGAAGUUGAAAAAGGGCAUUGCAACACAUUGGGUUUUCAUUUUCGCUGAAAGAGCUCAUUUGAAAUGAACGAGUGCUGAACUUUCAAAAGUUGAAGAUUGGUGAAGAUGUC